UGGAAACGUUUGGCUUUUAAAACGUUCGUGUUAACCCUGCUUAACAAUACAGUAUGUUUAUUUAUAUAUUGGAUGAGCAGCGAGAGUAAAUGGAAGGAAAUGGCACGUCCAUCUUUGAACUCUUCAUUAGAUCCUGCACUGCCAGGGAUACCUCGAGGGGUACUGGCUGUCCCCAUGGAACCCAAGUACCAGUGCCAAAAGUGCGAUGAGAUUUUAAGAAAGCCCUUCCAGGCUCAGUGCGGACAUCGCUUCUGUGUACACUGUUUUAAACUGCUAACCAGCUCCGGUCCUGUCCCCUGUAAUCCGUGCCGUACCGAGGGAAUUUACGAGGAGGAUUUAUCUAUUCUUAACUUUACUGAGGCGUUUCCAGACAAUGCAGCACGAAGAGAAAUUGAUGGGUUGCCAGCAAAAUGUCCCAAUGACGGCUGUACCUGGUCAGGGACAAUGAAAGAAUUUGAGGGUCAACACGAAGGCCGAUGUGAAUUCGAGCGAGUAAAAUGUGAAGCCUGUCAAGCUAUCAUCUUACUCAGCGAGAAAGACCGACACAAUGAGAGAGUGUGUGAAGCCAGAACCCUAAACUGCAAAUACUGCAAAGUCACCUUUAACUUUAAAGAUAUUAAGGCUCAUGAUGAGAUAUGUCUAAAAUUUCCCAUGCAAUGCAAAGACUGCGGUAAGAAGAAGAUCCCCAGAGAAAAGUUUCAAGAACACAUCAAAUCGUGUGCGAAAUCCAAGUCGGCGUGCCAGUUUAGCGAAAUUGGAUGCAGAGCUGUGGUUGACAACGGUAAACAGCAGGAGCAUGAACAGAGCAGCAUUAUGGAGCACUUACGUCUCAUGUUGGGCGUGCUCUCAUCGGCCCGGCCGCGCUCCGACGGGGCCGGGGAGUGGCAGGAGGACUCGGGCCUGGGCCUGUACAGAAGCCCGGAAGACGCCGUUCCCCUGGGUGCCCAGGCUACACCCGGAGGCCCCGGGGUGCAGCAGAAGAUGAGCGCGCUGGAGAACAUCGUAUGCGUGCUGAACAGGGAGGUGGAACGCACGGCGCUCACCCUGGAAGCCCUCAGCCGUCAGCAUCGACUCGACCAGGAGAAGAUUGAAAAUUUGAGCGGCAAGGUGCGACAACUGGAGCGAACGCUGACCAUGCGAGACCUACAGCUGGCUGAAACCGAACAGUCUUUGAGAGAGAUGCAGUUUUGUACCUUCGACGGAGUAUUCGUCUGGAAAAUUUCCGACUUCACCCGCCGCAGACAGGACGCCCUGGGUGGUCGAACCCCUGCGAUGUUUUCACCCGCUUUCUAUUCAAGUAAGUAUGGGUACAAAAUGUGCUUGAGACUUUACCUGAAUGGUGACGGUUCUGGCAAAGGCAGCCACCUCUCCCUCUUCUUUGUGGUGAUGAGGGGAAAAUAUGACGCCCUGCUGAAAUGGCCCUUCAGCCAGAAGGUGACUUUGAUGCUUUUGGAUCAGAAUAAUCGUGAACACAUCAUCGAUGCCUUCAGACCAGACAUCAACUCCACCUCUUUCCAAAGACCCAUCAGUGAAAUGAACAUCGCAAGUGGUUGCCCACUUUUCUGCCCACUGGCCAAACUGGCCUCUAAGAGCUCUUAUGUGAGGGAUGAUACCAUUUUCAUCAAAGCAAUAGUGGAUCUUACUGGGCUUUAGAUCACACAGUACAGAAUAAACGUGUUCCUGCAGAGUUUAUUCUCAAUAGUAAUCAAACACAUUUGUGGAAACUAGGUAAAUAAGACAGGUGGUUAAUUGUACUAUAUCUGUGAAAGAUCUAUAGUAUGACCAUCUGCCGACAUUAGAAAAAGAGGUUAUAUUAUUUUAUGCAUUUAUUUUACAGUAUUAUAUUAUAUAUUUUGAUAAAAUAACUAGUUAUAACCUU